UGAAUGCAGCUAAUCUUAUCUUACGAAAUUGCUGUUCAAUCGGUAAUACAGAUUUCUUUCACAAAGAAAACAUUUUCGUAUUUAUACGAACCGCGAUUGUUUCUCAUAAAUGAUAAUUGUUUAUUAUUUUAUUUAUUUGUAUUUAAAAUGAGUGCAGAAGAUUAUGAAUUUUUGGACAAUGAUAAGGAUCAAGAUGAAAUUCGUGAGGAAUUGUCACAUAUGAGUUUCGAGGAUUUACAAAAAUUAAAAGAGAAACUUGGUACAAAGGUGUACAAUGAAACCGUAUUUGGUAGUCGUAAGAAAAAGGAAGUUGUUUUCAAUCGAGAAAACAAAAAUAGACCAAGAGAAAUGCCAACGAAAAGGCAAGUGCCAAGAUUUAAGGAAAUAAUUCAGGUUAAAAAGCGUAUACCCAGAGAUCCACGUUUUGAUAAUCUAUGCGGUGACUUUAAUGAAAAAGCAUUUAAAAACGCAUACAGUUUUAUUAACGAUAUAAAGGAGAACAAUUUAAUUACUUUAAAAAGCGAGCUACGAAAGACAGCUGAUCCGAAAGAGAUAAAAAAGAUCAAAUAUCUUAUUCAACGAUUGGAAAAUCAAUUGAGAGAACAAAAGAGAAAGAACAUGAAAGAAAAGAAGAGGAUUGAAGAGAAGAAGUCAAUAAUAAAUGCUCUCAAAUCUGGACAAAAACAUUCUUUCAAAAAGAAAUCGGAGAAGAAAGUUCUUGAUCUAAUAACUCAGUAUGAAGAAUUAAAAGAUUCAGGAAAAUUGAAGAAACACAUCACAAGGUUGCGCAAAAAGGCUUUACACAAAUCCAGAAGGCAAAUUGAACAAAUGAACUGGACAGUUACUAAUGUAGAAUAAUAAAUUAAUAGGUAUUCAUAAACCUUAGGUAAGAAUAAAUAAACACAAUUAAUCUUAAAGAAAUUAUAACUCAUUUCUAAUUUAUUAUCAACAUCCUCAUAAUUCUCAAUAUCCGAAUGACAUUCUAUCUAAUAAUGGAGAUCCAAAGAGAAAAACGCUGAUUAAUUAUGUAUUUUUUAUUUAACAUCAAAAGUAAUGACACUUGGGUUGGACAAUGUCUCUCGCUUCAUCCUUAAUGUAUUUCAUGUGUGAAAACGGAACUUAUAGAAUAAUCAAUAUGAAAGGAAUCAUUAAUUAGAAGAGAUAUUUGAUCGAUAGAGCAGUGUUAUCUCUGUAAUUCUAUUCUCUUAGCUGUGUCGUUUUCAUCCCCUAUGUAUUAUGUGUUUUUUCUCUUUCUCUGUGGCAUGUAUGCAUGUAUGUAUGUAUAUAUGUAUGUAUAUAUGUAAAUAUGUAUAUAUAUUUAUAUAUAUGUGUAUGCGUGUACAGGUAUAUGUGUGUAUGUGUAUAUAUAUAUAUAUAUAUAUAUGUUUUUGUUCCGUAUGUGGCGCUAAACGAAAAACAGAAAAAAAAAAAAUUACAAGGAGACCCGUACCCAAAAGGCGGCCCUUUUUUUUCAAGCGUGAAAGCACCUUCUCGUUGGGUCACCGUUCACGCACGAUCUGUUUUGUCCGCGUCUUCAAUUAUUUAAAAUAUGUACAAUAUUAAUAAAACCUCAUUCAUUUGUUUUUUUAUUCUUUUCUUCUUCAUUAUAUUUUAAUCAUUCAAUGAUUCUCUCAUUUUUUAUAUAUAUGUGGCGGGCUGCGCAGGGUUUUUUUUCUCUCUCUCUCUCUCUAUCUCUCUCUCUCUCGACGUUCCAUUAAAUUUUCCCCGACGUUCUUAGGGUUAAUAAUAACAAUAACAAUAUAAUAAUCAUUAUUAUAAUAUAUUACUAGAAUAAAGGAGACAAUAGGUAAAAUUCAUUCAUUCUUUCAUUUUCUAUUUCUUUCUUCUAUUUCGCUGUUAUUAUAUAUAUAUAUAUAUAUAUAUAUAUUCUCUUUCAUUUAGGGCUCUCUUUUUGAGCAGAAAUAAACGUUCUUCGUUUGUUGGCGGAUGAAAAUC